AGCAUCAACUGAAGGAGAAACGAGAUAGGCAAGGGCAGUUGAAAAAAUUUUUACUUAGAAUCAGAACAUAGGACUGCUCCCCGAAGAAUAUUGCACAAUCAGUUCAACAUUUUUGGGAGUAACAAAUUGAAUCAAGAGAGAAAAAGGAAGGCAUCAGAUAGAUAUGUAUCAUCAUCAUCAACACCAAGGGAAGAGCGUCCAUUCCUCUUCAAGAAUGCCAAUCCCUCCUGAAAGGCAUUUGUUCCUACAAGGUGGGAAUGGCCCUGGAGAUUCUGGACUUGUCCUUUCAACUGAUGCAAAGCCUAGAUUAAAAUGGACACCUGAUCUCCAUGAGCGUUUCAUUGAAGCAGUCAAUCAGCUUGGAGGAGCAGACAAAGCUACUCCAAAAACGGUUAUGAAACUUAUGGGAAUUCCAGGACUUACCUUGUAUCAUCUAAAGAGCCAUCUACAGAAGUACAGGCUCAGCAAAAAUCUUCAUGGACAAGCAAAUAGUGGGAGCAGCAAAAUUGGUGCUGCUGCUGUGACAAGUGAUAGAAUGUCCGAAGCAAAUGUUACUCAUAUGAACAAUUUAAGCAUUGGACCUCAAACAAACAAAAGCUUACACAUCAGUGAAGCACUACAAAUGCAAAUUGAAGUGCAAAGAAGGCUACAUGAGCAGCUUGAGGUACAGCGACAUUUACAACUCCGUAUAGAAGCACAAGGGAAAUACCUACAAGCAGUGCUAGAGAAAGCCCAAGAAACUCUUGGAAGGCAAAAUUUAGGUACCAUGGGACUUGAAGCUGCGAAAGUUCAACUCUCUGAACUAGUGUCCAAAGUAUCCACUCAAUGCCUGAAUUCUGCAUUUUCAGAGCUGAAAGAACUGCAGGGUCUCUGCCCCCAGCAAACGCAAACAACUCCACCGACAGAUUGUUCAGUGGACAGCUGCCUCACUUCCUGUGAAGGAUCUCAAAAGGAACAAGAAAUACACAAUACUGGGAUGGGGUUGAGACCCUAUAAUGGUAGUGCUCUCUUGGAGUCAAAAGAUAUGGCAGAAGAGCACAUGCUACAUCAAACUGAACUUAAAUGGGGAGAAGACAACAAAAUGUUUCUUUCCCCAAUGGGAAACAAUGCAGAAAGGAGAAUUUUUUCUUCGGAAAGAAGCUCGAGUGAUUUAUCCAUGAGAGUUGGACUCCAAGGAGAAAGUAGGAACCCAUGUAGUGGCUUUUCUGAGGGAAGAUACAAGGAAAGGAAUGAUGAUGACAAAUUCCCUGACCAGACUAAAAAAACAGCAGAUUCAGUUAAACUACAGAAUGAGAACAUCUCACCAGGAUAUAGACUGCCUUAUUUUGCAACAAAACUAGAUCUCAAUACCCAUGAUGAAAUUGAUGCUGCUUCCACUUGCAAACAACUUGACUUGAAUGGUUUCAGCUGGAAUUAAGAUGGCACUGGAAGGUAAAAGUAAAUGGGACAAGUUCAGGAGAUGAGGCGUCUGAUUCUGAUCGCACAUCAGAGCAGGAGGGUGAUCAACAUGACAACCUGCUGCUUCCUCGUUCAGGCCAAGCAGCUAGGAAGCAGUCAAUUCAAUCUAAACGAAAUAAGUUGGAGCAGGAGUAGCAUGCAUUUAGAACCAUGCAGUGUAAAUCGAUCCAACAAAUGUACUUCUUCUAUCUUAAAUACCAUUAAGAGUUCAUGGACUUGAGUCCACAAAAACAAAUUGAGUUGUUACUCAAAUGCUAAUUUUAUAAUCAGAAUUUUCAAUUCAGACUGAUUAAAGUAA